AGCGGACAUAAAACCUCCAGCAGCCGCUACAAAUCCGAGCCAAACCCAAAAUAGGAAAACGAAGAAGCUGCUUUAGCACCAGCUACUCCUCUCCGGUUCCGCCGCUGCUCAACCCUCCGAUUCCUCUCCUUCACCAAAUCAAAUCCUAGAACCCUCCCUAAAAUUCCCAAAACCCUGCUAAAACCCCAUGCUUUCCCGCCAAAAUUCUUCCGGCUUCUACCACUUCCGGGCGAGUCCCAUCCGAGGUCCUUCUGCACCGUGAUUUCCAGUGCUCUGCAUUCCGGUGAGAAGACCAAACCGGAAUUCAAGGAAGACCGGAGAGGCGAAAUGGGGGAUAGAGUUGGGCUCUUCAGGAAGAAGUUGAAGAUAGCUGAUAUAAAGGGUGGACCCGACGAAGGGUUGAAUCGGGUCGGGCAGACCCUUGUUGUGAUGGGAUGGGUCCGGACACUUCGAGUCCAGAGUAGCGUUACGUUCAUGGAGGUUAGUGAUGGUUCAUGUCUGUCAAACAUGCAAUGUGUAAUGGAUGUGGAAGCGGAAGGUUAUGAUCAGAAUACAGCACUGUCCAUCAUAUUCAGCCCACCUAAGUCAACUUAUCCAGCCCAGUCAACUCAUCUAGCUCAUCUCAUUCCUUAAACGGCUUGAGGCUAAACAAGGACAGCUACUGGUGGUAUCUUGACCUGUGUCAUUAUGGUUCAGGUCAGAAAUGUACUCAUUGAAGCUAAUGAUUCUCGCAGAUUGUUGGUGAGAUUGGCAUAUGUUGAAAUCAAUUGCGUAAAUUCUAGUUUCUUCUAAGUUCGUUGUCAUAUCUACUAAGCAAGAAUGACUAGUAGAAAACAAUGUUUCUACUCAAUACAUUUUCUCUGACCCACUGUGGUGAGGGGCUCCCACAAAUGACAAUCAUGCCAGCAAUUAUUUUCUUGAAGGUUCAUUUGGGUGGAGGGGUCUUCUGCAUGAAUGAUUCCUUAAGGUGCAAAUCAAGGUAGAUGUGAGGAACUCUAGAGUGAUUCUUAAGAAAAUGAACCUGAGAGGGAGAGGGGCGCCAAAAAUGUAUGUUCUUAAUGAAGUCAUCAUAUUAAGACUAUGCAAAGGCAUUUGCAUGUGCUUAGAUUAAAUUAGGCAUGUUUGGUUUUUUUUUUUUUUUUUUAUGGUCAAGAUGCUGGCCCAAUCUGUAUCAGUUCAAAUAAGCUGCUAUUAAAUCCUAAUUGACGGAUAUACUUGGUAUAUUCUUCUAGCUGUUGGACUUGGACCAAUGGAGAAAAUUUUGAUGCUAGGAUGUCAUAAGAGGUUGAAUUGUGUAGUACAGAAGGUGUUGGGACAUUCAUAUGAUAAUUAUUUAACUGCA